UAAAAUAAUUAAAGAAUGUGUUUAAUCUUGGCUGAAUACUAAAAAAGGAAUUUGUGGAGAAUUCUACUAAAAGUCUUACAAAUAGGAUAUAUAUAAAAAAAGGACUCAAACUAAAAGGAUAUAUAAAAAAGUUUAAAAGAAAAAGACUCAUUGUUAAGAGUAAAAGAAAAAAAAAGUGAAAUGGAGGACCACAGUGGGAUGAUUUUUAUGCACGUUCCAAGAUCUACAACACGAAGCCUCAAACCAAGAUCUGUCUCACCUGGUGAUGAGAGACCACCGAAUUUUUAUCAGGAUCUCAAUCGACGUUUCUGUGUGCGAUUCUCCCAUGAGGAUUUGGGUUACAACGGUGAGGAAGAUUCACGGAGCUCGUCGACGGACUCAAAUUCAUCUUCAGGCGCCAAUAGGCACUCUACGGACUCCGAUGAAGGUGCAUCGAAUUUGGAGUUGCUGUGCAGUGGCAGCGAAACCAGCGGCGAUUCAACGGCCACAAGCAAAUCCCCAAAAUUGCGACUCCAUCGACGUUCCAUGUCUUCCAUCCGACGUGCCCUCAAGCACUUCUCACUCUCAUCGCGUUCCCUAUCGUGUGGCAGUGCAACGGACCCAACCGCACCCACUGUACCCAGGAAAACCACAAAGAAGCUCUCAAUUUCAUUCCCACAGAAGAGUGCGGAAAAAUCACCACCACCCAAGAAAAUCCUUCGUCAACCUGUGCCCUAUGCCUAUCUCAAGGGAAUGUCCGGACUGCCAACCCAGAGGGUACCCCGUUCAACGAUUUGUUCACACUACGCUCAUCGGUAA